CUCGUUCACCUUGCGGCAGUUCUUGCAGACCUGGCCUUUUGUUUUCACUCCUACUGUCCCCAGUGCGCAUACGUUCACCGAAAAGCCGAUCACUGAUCAGAGCCUCCACGAGUUUCUGAGUGCGACCAUCUUCGAAGAGGCUCUGAUCCGAUGUGAACAAGCUGUUGUGUCUUGUGAGAUCGCCGUAGUACUUGGCGUCGAACUGGCCUGGUGUGAUGAUGUCCAUGAAGAUCUCGAUGGUGUCGCUGAAUGUUUUGCGGGGACACUCCUGCUUCAAAUGCUCAGCUAAUGUGGCGUUAAAUGUCCGGCUGAUGCUCAACCCCAGGCAUUUCAUUUGGAUCUUCACCGGGGGCAAUCCUCUCUGACAGAUACAGGCAUGGCUCGGUUUCCAGCAGAUGACAUGAGUUCACUCGAUCACAAGGGAGGUAUUUGUGCGCUGAUGGAUAACUAGAUUCUUCUCUUAUUAAUCUUCCUCAGUAGUAUGCAGACCGUACCUGAGAGAACUACCAUUUGCUCUGUGGAGAGACCUCGCUUAGCAAACGAAUCUAUGAGUUCAGAGACAUCAAAUGUUGGUAGUAGCAGAUCAUUCUCGGCAGCUGCAGCGCUAGAAACAAUGACAUCUUUUCUUCCUCCUUCAACCACCCAGCCAGUGCCAUUCAGCUGUAUGCAGACCACAAUAAUCACAAAGAGAGUCAUUUUUACUCUAUUGAUUAUCACAAUAGUACCAGGUACGAGCUUAUGAUUGAGAAUCGUAUAUGUGCCGGAAGACACGUUCACCGACUGUCUACUGAUAAUUGGAA